GUCGCCUCCUUUCCGAUAAAACAAAAAAAAACACCCCUCUCUUCUCACUUUCUCUCUCCUCCACAUCUCUCCUCUCCCUUCUCGAUCCGCCUCUCGCCGAGAUCCGUCGUCGCCGGGACCGCUCCACGGCGGUGUAAAGAUCCUCCGGUCACCGGAUAAUCCAAUCGUCUGUGAUUUCGUGGGUCGUAUUUGUUGUCGCAACGCUGUGUUUUUGCGAAUUGGUGUUGCAUUUUUGAAAAUUAGGGUUCGGUCAACCGUGAAUCGAAUUUGAGAUUUGAAGCGACUAGAGGCUUGAUAUAGGAAGCGAGAUUCGAAGGUUUUUGUAAUGUACCUAUGUUGUUUAAUUGUUAGCAGUUGUUUUUCGAUUUGAAAUAAAAAUUAGGGUUUGAGAAGGGGGGAAAAUUAGGGUUUUUGGUAGAGUUCAAAGGGGUAAAGUUUGACGCAAUAAGAAAAAUGCCGAGGAGUUCAAGGCAUAAAUCCAGCAAGCAUAGUUCAAGGGAAGUGAGGGAUUACUCUGAUUCGGAGAAAGAUUCCGGUUUGAAGGAGAAGAAAGGGAGGGAUGAUGGUGGGAGUUAUAGUAGUAGGCAUUUAAAGGAGUCUACUUCUGGUGAAAAACGGAAGAUUGAUUCAAAAUCGGUGGAUGUAACAAAGGAUUUGAGUGGUGUUGUUGUGAAUGUUGAUUAUGUUGAGGAGUAUGUUGCCUCUUCUUCGUCCUCCAAGAAGCGGAAAGAGAAGGAGGAUGAUGAUCGGUGGACGGGAGGUGAUAAUAACGAGCACGAUCUUUCUAAAAGCGAUUCAAAAAGGUCGAGUAGAAGAGAGGAGAAUUCGGUAGCUGGUGUUGUUGGGGAAGAAGUGAAGAAAAGUGGGAGUAAGGUGGAGUCAAAGCACCAUAGGUCUGAGAGGAAAGAGAGGAGUGAAAAAGAAGGGGGAUCAGAGCGGGAUAGGAAGGGCAAUAAAGGUGAUAGAUUGAUUGUUGGUAUUAUUGGAAAUGAGAAUGUUGGCAAUGAAGGGAAUAGGAAACAGGGCAAUGGAGAAGAACGUGGUGGAAAGCAUGGUGUUGGUAUUACUGAACUUAAUAUACAAGAGGAGGUUCGCAACCCUGAUACAGAGAGAGAACUCGAUCGACGAGUUAGAAGGAAAAGGGAUGGCUCAGGUGAUGGGGACAAACAUCAGGAAGGUACUCGAGAACUGGAUGAUAGAAGGUUAUCUUCUAGGGAUGAUAUUGUCAGGUCAGGGAAGUAUAAAGAUGAAAGUCAUAAGGAGGAGCGAGUUAGAGAUCGGUACCAAGAAGAUGCAGACAAGGACAAUUGGCAUCCGGAUGAAAAGCAGAGGGAUAAUCGUGUUAUGAAAGAUUAUAACAGUGCUAGGUCAGAGGAUAAGCAUCUGAAGAAUGAGAAAAAAGAUUUGGAUGUGUCUCAAAAAAAAUCUAAGCCCCUUGGUAGCGAAUAUGACCGAGAGCCUGAUCGAGACCGUGAUCAUGACCGCGAGAGGGGUAGGGACCGUGACCGAGCCCGUCAUGACCGAGACCGUGAUCGAGACCGAGAGCAUGAUGACCGGGAGCAUGAUCUUGAUCGUGAGAGGGAUCGCGAGCGGGACCUUGAACGUACCCAUGAUCGAGAUCGUGAACUUGACCGGGACAGGGAACGUGGUCGUGAUCGCUAUCACCGUGAACGUGACAGAGAUCGUAUUCGUGAUCACAACCAUGAUCGAGCUCGAGAACGGGAUUAUGAUCAUGAAUAUGGCUCACAUGUUAAUGAUAAAGGUUCUAGGUACAAGGAUGAUAGAUCAAGGAGAAGAUCUCCAGAGGGGCAUGAUGAUUAUCAUGGUGAUAAAUCUAGAAGAAUAGAGUCAGAGGCUGACAAGGAAAAGUCACUACCCAGGAAAGCCCAUGUAGACAGUGUAGUUAGCAGCAGCCGGCGCAAGAACUCGCCUUCCAGGGCUUACGUCAGUACAGAUAAAUACAGAGAUGGUAUCCAAGAUGAAACUAAGUAUGGAGAUUCCCCGAGAGAUGGCCCUACAUCUGAGGCACUCGAUAAAGUUCCCAAGUAUCGGUCAGGGGAGAAGCGCACCAAGUUUGAUGAGAACUACACUGGAGAAUUAUCUGAAAGGUCGCCAAGUGCCAAGGCUUCUCCUGCAGGUUUGAAGGAAAAAUCUCCUUCAACUAGUGUUGAUCGCAGGUUUCAAAAUAGAACUAGCAGGAGAAGGAGCCUUGAUGUUGAUGAGGCUGAAAGGAGGAGCAGUGGUUCCAAUGACGUAAGAGAUAUUUCUGUUAACGAGGACCGACAGGGUAGAGAAUAUUCUGCAAAGAAGUCUAAUGGGGAGGAGUUUCCUCCAGUAGAAUCUCCUUUUCACCAUAAAUCCAAUCAGGGUAAUAUUUCUUCUCAUGUUCCUGGUCCAUCUGGGUUCAGGACCGGAGCUGACAGCCCCUCCUUCAUGGGAUCAUUAGGAGAAGAUAAUAGAGGUCACUCAGGAAGCCGCUUUAGGAGAAGUGUUGAUCCCAACAACAUAGGAAGAGGACCUGGAAAUCCGUGGAAAGGUGCUCCUAACUGGCCCUCACCAUUACCUAAUGGCUUCUUGCCUUUCCCACCAGGUCCUCCUGGGCCACAUCAUGGGGGGUUCCCACCAAUGCUGUCUCAGUUUCCUCCCCUUUUUGGUGUCAGACCUUCUAUGGACAUGAACCACCCUGGGAUGCCUUAUCAUAUGUCAGAUGGGGAACGGUUUUCCGGUCAUGUACGACCUAUGGGUUGGCAGAAUAUGGUAGAUGGACCAGUUCAUUUCCAUGGAUGGGAUGUAAGUAAUGGAGUCCUUAGGGAUGAAUCUUCUAUGUAUGGGCCUGGGCAUCUAGUCAAUUCUCAAAGAAGGGACAUGAAUUCAGAUAUGUGGAAACCAAAUGGCGAUGUGAAUAUGGAUGUUACAUCUGUGUCUCAGAAAGACUCUCCUUUGGUUAAAACAUCUGUGGAUGAAGCCUCUUCCACACAGGGUGCUUCUAGGCCUCAUGUUGAAAGUAGUCUCCUUGAUGAGGGGACUAGUCUUAAGAUGAAUACUUCAAGUGUUCCGUCAUCCACAAAGGAAAAUUUGAUGACUCUAGCUAAAGUGACUGAAAAGACUCCUGAAUCGUCUAGUGUUGACGAUGCCGCGCAAUCAGUGCGUGCUUACCUUACUAAGCUUGAUAUUUCAAUAGAUAUGGCUGAUCCAGAACUGUAUAAUCAGUUUAUUGAACUUGCUUUCAAGGGACAGUCUGAUUUAAUUGAAGAAGUGGAGCUUGAAUAUAUUGAGGAGAAGGCCGUUGCUGACUCAGAGAUCGCAAAUUUGACAAUGGGUUUGACAUUUUUCCCUGCAGCCAAAGAUUCUAUAUUCAAGAAAGCAAUGAAUCUGUACAAGACACAAAGCACACAAAGAUCAUCUUCUGGGAUAAUACCUAACUUGGAGAACUCGCAUAGCCCAAAAUCUUCCGAGUUAGAGGUGGAAAAAACUUCGGUUGAAGAGGAGAUGAUAGUCACUCCUGUUAAUUGUAUUAUCAAGAAGGAAGAUUCAAUUCUGGUGGUUCCGGAAGUCGUUUCUAACACACCGGUGGUAGAAGGGAAAGAACCCGUUUCCAUAACCAACGAUACAGUGAUGAACGAAGAACCUUUCCAGAGUGCUGACAUGGCGCUUGAUCUGUGUAAUAAUCAAGGAGAAUCACCAGUUCUCAUGGUGGAGAAAAUGGAUGAAGAAAUAAAGCUGGAAAACGAACCCUUAUUUACUGAGAAUGCCAAUUCUGAUGCAAUUGAAUCAAACACAGAUAGAAAGAUUUUGGGUAAUGAUAAUGAUGAUGGUGGUAUGAGAGUCGAUGCCGAGUCUGCUACUUCUGAUGAGCAGAUGGAUGUUGCUGUAAGUGGUCCUUUAGUUUUAACCCAUGAUUCUGUUAAAGUCUGUGAAGCAUUAAUCUCAGUGUCAAAUGAGUCGGAUUCGGUAAUUUUGAGUCGGAUACAUCAUGCUCCUGAAAGUACACAUUGAAACAAUUUUUUUUGUUGCUAUUAUAUCUUUUAAGUUGCGUUUUAUUCAGUAA